UGGAUCUCUGUAGUUGCUCCUUGUGAUUAUUCUUAUUGCUUUUUCCUGUAAGAUGUAAAUGGAAUUUGUGUAAGUUUUAUAUGUUGUUCCUCAGAUUUCAAUGCAGCAGUUCAGGUACGGUAUGAUCAGUGAGUUUUAUAACAAAUAUAGUGAAUUAUUAUAAAGUAACCAUUUUGCUCUAUGUAACAGUGCAAUAGUUUCAGAUAUUUUAGUUCUGACACUGUUUAUAUGCGGUUUCCAAGACAUUUUUUCAUCAAUGAUGACUCCCAGAUACUUGACUUCUUUAACUCUUUUAAUAUUAAUCUCAUCUAUAUUUAAUAAAAUUUCAUCCUUUGAAUAUGUAUUACUAAAUAUCAUAAAACAUGAUUUAUCACUGUUUAAUGAUAGUUUGUUCCCAUCAAACCAUAGUUUAAGUUUUUUCAUCUCUGUUUGUAUCACUUCUAUCAUCUGCUCAACAUUAUCUCCUGAAUAGUAAAAAGUUGUAUCACCUGCAAAUAAGGUGCAUUUUAAUAUAUUGGAUACCUCAACAAUAUAAUUUAUAUAAAUAAUAAAUAAUUUUGGACCCAAUACUGACCCUUGUUGUACACCACAAGUAAUGUUAUUUAUAUGUGAUUUUGUGUUGUUUAUUUCUGGACCUUUUACCAAUCAAAGCAGGUGAUGUGAAAGUCUCACAGCUUGCUGCAACUCUUUUCUGCAAAUUAUGAAAGUAGAAAGCAAGGAUCCCAUCCAUAGCUGGUAUCUAAAUCCAAUUGUUUCCAAUAUUCUCACGUGAGCCUUUUCUACAAAGCUCUACGUAACUAUUAUUCUCAGCAUGUCUUCUUCCUUUUUCUGUAGUAUCUUUGUGUCUUUAACAAAUCCUUUAAUAAACUCUUAAACUUUAUCUGUGUGUGGCUGUUUGGAUCUGGCUAAUCGUCACCAGGUCUGACCGUGACAGUUACGUGGUGUUGUGGAUUCAGCCUCCUCGCCUGCUACCACUUGUUAAAACAAGCUGCUUUUAAAAAAACCACCAAAAACACACUUCUGUCUCCAUGAUCAACUUCCUUAGUCAUCAGAACAGGACCUCUGUCCCUUGGCUUGUUUCAGCUUCCUUGUCUCUCUACUUUCUUGCCUCUGAAAUGUGUGUUGGGACUGUGCAUGUGUGAUGCAUUCAGGAUCUCAAAACAUGACUUUUUUAUUUUAUUUUGCACAGACCAGCAAAUUAAAAUGAGUGAAAGUAAUUUAAAUUUCCAGCUAAAUUCCUGAAGCAUUUUUCAGCCAAAGAGCCUCAGAUUACCAAAACAAGAUUAGUGAAAAGAGAAAUGCAGUGGUACAGACAAAGCAAAUGUUGGUUCAAAUCAUCUGACAGUUUUAAAGGUUUAAAUGGCACAAACUGAUCAGGAAGGUGGUUUUAGUCCUAUGCCUUUAUUCAGAUUCCGUUAGCCGUCUGACGCGAACCAUAAUGGUUGAAAACAUCUUCUUACCACUUCCUGUUGUCAGCAACUCCUCUGCAGAAGCUUUCAGAGCUGGUAGUAAUGCUUUAGCCAGUCUCUCAUUGUCGGAUGGUCACCAUGUUCAGCCCAAAGAGAGACCUGCUUAUCUUAAAUCUGCAAUUUUCUGGUGAAAAUAUGGAGCAUAUUUGCAGCUAAAGAGCAGAUUUGUGUUUGUGAUGAGCACUUACAUCCAGAUUUAAAUGGAGAUUAUAUUUAAUUAGGAUUUAUGUUCUUAAUUUUCAGCUUAUCUGAAAACUGAGCACAGAAAUGUGCCGGUGUCCAGAGGACAGACCAUCAUGUUUACUUGCAACAUUUCUACAGUAAAUUCAACAAUGAUCCACUGGACCAAUGUCAGAUCUACAUUUAUUUAUUCAGUCUCAACUAAUCGCACCGUUUCAAAUUUAUCCUCCACCAGAGUGACAAUAGACACUAACAUACCUACUAGUAUAAGUAUCAGUAACAUUCAGCAUGAUGAUGCAGGGGUUUAUACGUGUACUAUAACUGGUAACGGCCAAAGUUUAGGCGCACAAACUGAAAAAGCCCGUUCGCCACGGGUCAUAUAGCGGGCAGGAGGGACAAGCAGAAGGUGCUGGUCAGAGGACCUCAGGGUUCGCGCCGGAACAUAGGGACUCAAAAGAUGUGCCAAAUAAGCAGGGGGCCAUUUCAUGAAUCGAUUUGUAAACUAACAGAAGAAAUUUGAACUUAAUACGAAACCAAACUGGAAGCCAGUGUAAAUUUGCCAAAAUAGGGGUGAUAUGCUGCCAUCGGUCUAUGCCCGUAAGAAAUCUUGCGGCGGUAUUUUGAACCAAUUGGAGGCAUACCACUGAAGAGGAGGGAAUACCAUAGAAGAGAGAGUUGGCAUAGUCCAGACAUGACGUUACAAAAGCACGAACAACUGACUGAAGAUCUGUUUUGUUCAGGAAAGAUUUUAGUUUGGCCAGCCGGCGAAGAUGAAAGAAACACGACUUGACUACCUGAUUUAUCUGUGCAUCCAUUUAAAAAAAAAAAGCGUCCAGAGUGACCCCCAAAUUUGUAAUUGUUGGCUUCACCAAAACUGACAAUGACAGGGGCAGAGAUGGCACCACAACAGAGGGGGAGAAGGGGGCAAAGAGAAUAGCCUCCAGUUUGGAGCGGUUAAGAUAGAGAAAAUUAGCCGAGAGCCAGGACCUGACUUCACUCAGGCAGUCAGUCAGUGGUUGCACAGGGUCAGCAGAUUUUAGGGCCAGAUAAAGCUGACAAUCGUCAGCGUACAGAUGAAAAUUUACCAGGAAUUUUCUAAAAAUGGCUGCCAAAGGUAAAAUAUAUAGAUUUAAAAAGAAGUGGAUCUAAAAUGGACCCCUGGGGAACCCCACAAAAAAGAGGUUCCACUCUAGAGGCGCAAUUCCCCAGGGCAACAUUAAAACAACUGCCAUUGAAAUAGGAGCGGAACCACUCUAAAACUGUUCCACAAAUGCCAAUUAACUGCUCCAGUCGCUGUAAUAGGAUUGCGUGGUCGACAGUGUCAAAGGCGGCAGAUAAGUCUAAAAGCACCAACAACACAUGAGAACCAGAAUCAGAGGCAAGCAACAUAUCGUUAAAAACAUUAAUAAGAGCAGUCUCAGUGGUGUGGAGAGUGCUUCAUCAAACAAAGUUCACACAACAUGAGUCAAACACUCAAACAGCAACUAACCACUUCCUGUUCACAGCAAGUUCUCUGCAGAAGCCUUCAGACGCUCCAGUCAGUCUCUCUGUGUUUGAUGGUCACCAUGUUCAGCCAAAAGCAACAGGUGUUGAUUUUCAUCCAGCUGGUAAACAUGUGGAGUGUCUUUGCAGCUGAUAUGAAAACUGAGCACAGAGAUGUGCAGGUGUCCAGAGGAGAGACCAUCAUGUUUACUUGCAACGUUUCUACAAUAAAUUCAACACUGAUCCACUGGACCAAUGUCAGAUCUACAUUUGUUUAUUCAGUCUCUUCUAAUCGCACCUUUUCAAAUUUCUCCUCCAGCAGAGUGACGAUAGACACUAACAUACCUACUAGUCUAAAUAUCAGUAACAUUCAGCAUGAUGAUGCAGGGGUUUAUAGGUGUACUAUAACUAGUAACAGCCUAAACAGCAUGACAUGGAACUUAACAAUAACCAGGACCCAAACAGAAUCCAGUUUGCCAACAUUUCCAGUCCUAGAUUAUAAAUUAUACGUUCUAGCUGCUCUUGGAUUCCUGUUGUGUUUCGUCUCUGCAGCUGUCUGCCUCUGCAGGAAAAACUGGACCAGAAACCAAAACCAGGAUCUAAAUAAACACAAAGUCUUCAGUCGUGUCCAGUAUCGUCCUGUUCAGAAGGAAAGGACUAUUUUUUAAUCUGCAAAUCAAGUGCCCUACUAAGCUGCACACUAACACUGACAGCUCCCAAAACAAAGCUGCCUUGUGGAAGAAUAAAUACCUGUCAUUGAGAACAAUGACCCACUGUUCAAGAACUGAGAAACUUUGAUGCAAGGCUCCACCUCCACAGCUGUAGAAUACAAACUUUUAGAUUGUUUUUAAUUACUCUAAAUCUCAAAUCUGAAUUGAAUGAAUUCUGUAUGAAGGCAUUUACUAAAGCCAGAAUAUAAACCAGCUGUUUAUUAUAAAAUACAUCCUGCAAAGAGUGGAAUGCAAACAUGUAAUUUAGCAGGGCACAGUGAGCUAAUGCCAAAUAACAAUCAUACUCAUGUCAGGUCUAGGUGUUGUACUGAAUGGGUCUUUGUAUUUUCUUUGAGUGGCUGAGUUAUCUUUUUAAAUUAUGUUAAUGUUGUCUUCUUAGAAAACAUUGUUCUGUCUGUAGUUACAAAACGUCCUCUGAGUUUUUCGAUGUCAUCUCUCUAUUACAUCUAAAUUCCCUAAAGGUAAAAUUUCAGAAUCAGAUCCCCGUGCACCAAAAACGUGAUUUUCUUUAGAAGUUUAUAAAUGAUGUCAAAGCCUAAAAAUACAGUGAACCUGCUGAACUGUUGUGCUGGAUUUACAUAAUUAGGUUUAGAUGGUGUUUUAGUUUAAUUUCUACAUGAAGGUGCAGUUGAAUGGGCAGAACUAAUGCUGCCCCAAACACUGAUUUGAGUUGCUUUAUUGAAGUUGUUUCAUUUAUUUAUUUGUUUAUGGAAACAUCUGUUUUUCUCAUACCUAAAAAGUGUCAUUGUUUUCUUUGAAAUACAUUCAAGUAUUCCAGGCUCCAAUAUCACAUGUAAUCGAUAAAAAUGUAAUAAAUGGAAAUAAUUAUGCUUCUAAAUAUUUUUGUGGGUGUUUUGUUGACUCAAUCACAUAGAGGGUAUUUUCAGAAACUUCAAUGAGGAGGUCGCUGAUUGGCUUUUCUCUGAGUGACACCAGCUCUGAUUCUAAAGGUGUUCAUCUCCUAGAGAGGGCGCUAGAGGCUUUUAUGUUAAACCGCGUUCAGUUCGCAACAGCAGGGCUGUGCAGAGACCUUUGAAGGGGCGGGUGCUCAAAUUUAAAAAGGGGCACACAGAAUAAUAUUUUCAAAUACCAUGACAAAACCACAGUAUACCCGGCUGAAUAACAAAUCAUAUUUAUUAGAAAUUCAAAAUGGAAGCGAAUCAUUAUAUGCACCCUUACCACUGUAGUCCUGGCUGGCUCGCCAAUUAUGUAGUGUAAUGGUUUAUGGCUCUUUUAUUAAAGAGGAACCCUCCUACAUUUUAAUUUGUGAUAUUAAUUUUUAAUGAAUUAAUAACCAGAUUUUAUAGGGUUAAGAAGACUCAAAGGUUGUUUUCAUCGAUAAACUGACGAUCAUAUCCAUUUGUCUGUGUUUCAGUUCAAUGAAAAGACAAGUUUGAAAGUUAAAAGUUUUAAUUCAGAGAUUUAAACUAAUGAUU